AUGGCCGGUUUAACCGUGCUCAACGAGCCAGAAGUCCGGGCGCUGCUGGAGAACUUGACCUACGAUGAGUUUGAGUCCUUCCGGGAUCCGCUGAGAGCCGCACUGCACGACUAUUCUACGGGAACACAGUCCUCGCAGAAUGCCGACAUUCACCAGCCCCGCCGGACGGCCAUCACCUCGUCGUCUAACGGCAGCGAGGUGAUGUUUGUCCCGUCGUCGAACAUAGGAGGCGUCAGUAUGAAAGUCCUCACCCUUCCAGACCGGAAAGCCGAGGACAACGCCAUUGGAUCAGAGAACCUCGUGCGCGCUAGAGGCGCCAUCACUCUGUACAACAGGGUCGGCGACCCGGUCGGCUUCGUGCCCGCGCAGACGGUCACGGCCUUCCGCACCGCCCUCGCCUCGACCUGCCUGCUGCAGCGCCGCAAGCGCAUGCGCCAGAUCACCGUCUUUGGCUGCGGCGAGCAGGCCUACUGGCACGUGCGGCUCGCGCUGCUGAUGCGCGGCGACUCGAUCCGCACCGUCAACAUCAUCAACCGCCGCUUCUCGGAGCACGCGCGCCUCAUCUUUAAGAGGCUGGCCUCCACCCCGGGCGCCGUCAAGGAGCGCGAGGGCUGGGCCGACGCCAAGAUCGGCCUGCUCACCCCCGGGUACGGAGACUACGCGCGCCUGGUCGAGGAGCACCUCGUCGAGUCGGACGCCAUCUUCUGCUGCACGCCGUCGACGGAGCCGCUGUUCGACCCCGCCAUCCUGACCUCGUACGAGGCCCGCGCCAAGGGCCGCGUCAUCGUCGCCAUCGGCAGCUACAAGCGCGAGAUGCGCGAGCUGCCCGUCGAGCUGCUCCGCCAGGCCACGAGGCAGGGGUCCAAGGGCGGCCACCACCAUCACCACAAGCACGCUAUCGAGGGCGGUGUGAUCGUCGUGGACACGCUCGACGGCGCGCUGCAGGAGGCCGGGGAGAUUAUCGAGGCGGGCCUGCAGCCGAACCAGCUUGUUGAGUUAGGAGAGCUCGUCAUGCUGCGCAGGAACGCCAUAGGGGGGGAGGCCGAGCGGGACGACGACAACGACAACACGUGCAGCGUCCCCGCCGCCGAGUUCGAGCGCCUUAACAUGAGCUCGUCCUCGUCGCUCAAGUCGAGCAGCACCUUGAGCAGCUCGACGACGACGCAGGACAGCGCCUCGUCGCCCAACAGCAGCCAGCAGACGCUGCCCUGUAACGAGUCCGAGAACGGCGGCGGCGGCUCCGAGGACGGCUCCCAGCGCGGCUCCUCGACGCACCACGGCCACCGCCGGUCCACGUCGGGCGGCAAGAGCGGCGGGAGCCACCACGAGCGUAAGAAGUCGUCGCACCGGCACCACUACCACCACCACCGCCCUCAGCAGUCUGGCGGCCACGAUGCCAAGGGCAGCAGUAGCAAGGACCACGAGACGGACCAUCUGGCCCGGUGGAUGUCCUCGGGAAAUAUCGUUUACAAGGGCGUCGGGCUGGGCCUCAUGGAUCUGGCGGUGGGGAUGAGGCUGAUUGAGCUUGCCAAGGAGAAGGGCGUGGGGACGUAUAUCGAGGGGUUUUGA